GAGUCCGCGAAUUAAGUUAUUGCAGUUGUGAGCGGAGAGUCGCGGGCGCAGCGCGUGUGCCGCCUCUACCUCUACGCCUAUUUCCGGUCUAACUUACUGAACGUUACAGUUAGUGAGUGCUUAAGUGCAAAUUAUUAUUUUAAGUUAGAGAUAAUACCUUCAUCUAAUCGAAUCCUCAGUAUGGCAACGAUAUUAGUAAAUUCAACACAAAGUGUAUUAAAAGAUACGUACGAUUACUAUCUUUGGACGUUAUCACUUUCAGAUAACAGAACAAAAGGAUGGCCACUCGUGGACUCUCCUUUACCAACAGUAUUCUACACACUUCUAUACUUAUUCAUAGUAUGGAUUGGCCCUAAGUUAAUGAAGAAUCGUCAGCCGUUUCAGCUGACGUGGUUACUUGUUCCCUACAACUUGGCAAUGGCGGCUCUCAACGCGUACAUAGCAGUUAGGCUACUGACAGCUUCCUUUAGAUUGAGGUACAGCUACAUAUGUGAGCCGUGUCGACAAAAAUAUGAUCCUGAUGAAUUGCAAAUAGCAGAUGCAGUUUGGUGGUACUAUUUCUCGAAACUUCUAGAAUUCUGUGAUACAUUCUUCUUUAUAUUAAGAAAGAAAGAAGAGCAGCUAACGUUCCUGCAUGUUUAUCACCACUCUACAAUGUUCAGUUUUUGGUGGAUCGGCAUUAAAUGGGUGCCCAGUGGAUCGACAUUCCUCCCUGCGAUGGUUAAUAGCGGCAUUCAUGUACUGAUGUACACAUACUACGGGCUCUCAGUCUUUGGACCCUCCGUCAGCAAAUAUUUGUGGUGGAAGAAAUACCUAACCAUUUUACAGCUGAUUCAGUUCACCUGCGCCCUUAUCCUCGGUGUCAACGGUAUCCGGACCGGCUGCGAGUUCCCUCUGUGGAUGCAUUAUGUUCUCAUCAUCUAUAUGAUAUCCUUUAUCGUUCUCUUCGGCAACUUCUACAUGAAAGCAUACAUCGCUAAGGGAAGUAAAUGCAUGGAAGUGAGGUACGGUCAAUGCUUGGAUGACGAAGAAAUCAUAGUAAAUAAAAAGUUGAAUUAAUGUUAAGUUGUUUUGGUAUUUUAAGUUUUAACUAAUUUAUUGAAAUAAAUAGAUUAUAAGAUAAUACAGACGGUUGUUAAUUAAUGUU